CACCACCCAUAGCUCAAAACAGAUCUUUCACACUUCACCUACUGCCACUUACACAGCCCGCCGACAUCGCGGCACGCCAUCGAUGCAAAGGACGCUGUGGCCACGGGUCCGGUUGCUGAUGGUGUCUCGGCUGUCGAAAGCGGUCACUGACCCGGGGGGUAUCAAGGAACGGCACUUCAUGCAGCGCAUCCCAAACAAUCGACUAUUGCAGUCGACGGCCAGACGCUGGGUGGCCCAGCGAUAGCAGCACAGAUAGAUAGAACAAGGACCGGAUAGGGACUGGCGGUCAUGUCCACGGUUUGCGCAUACACUUUAGGACCGUUAUCCGGCCACAAUCCUCUGCAAUAUCUUACAAUAUAUACGGCUUCAGCCGUGAUUACUUUCCCAGACGCAAGGUUCAGCAUUUACCCCGUCUCAUCCUCGGGGAGCAUCGGGAAGAUGACUGAAAGGAAACUCGCCCUCGGCUGUCCCAAUACAUUGAGAUCGAUGCACGAAUUGGCGAUUGAGUACAACGAUAUUGGUCGACAUACAGAAGCCGUUCAGCUGAUGGAGAAGUUGUUGAAAGCGCACCAAAUGAAACUCGGACACAACCAUCCUGUUACUUUGAUGUCGAUGCAUGAGCUGGCGGUUGAUUACAACGAUGCUGGGCGAUGUGAGGAGGCACUGCGUCUUAUGGAGCAUGUGGUCAGACAACGCGAGUGGAUCCUUGGACACGACCAUCGCGAGACGCUGGAGUCCAUGCACGAACUUGCGAUGCUCUACAGUGGGAGAGGGCGAUGUGAAGAGGCGCUACGACAAAUGGAUGAGGUGGUGAAAAUCCGAAGACGAAAGCUUGGAGAAGAUGAUUCGGAGACGAUUGAGUCGAUGUACGAGCUAGCAAUUGAAUACAGCGAGGACAAACGAUACACUGAAGCGUUUUCACUCAUGCAAACGGUCGUGGAAUUACGUAAGAGAGUAUUGGGGGAAAAUGAUCUCGAGACCUUGGAGUCGAUACAACAAGCUUGCGAUGUUAGCCCGAACCUUUGGAACGCGAUGCAACCUAUGAAGCAUAGGAUCGCUCGCAUACAGAACUCUGUGCAUGUGGUGCUGAGCGGAACGUUUACCCGACCAGUGAUUGCUACCGACGCCCACAGUACGCCCCAAUGA